GGUUUAAACGAAUACAUUGAUAAUUAGAUGUAAAUACAAUUUUGUGUGUAUGUCUAAUCUAUAGCUGUAAUCUAUAAUUGUAAGACGUUUCAAAAAGUUUUGUUUUUUCCGCAUAUCUCGCCGAAAGUAUAUAAGACGCGAUGCCCCCUAAUGGAGUUAGUGUUUAGAAUAUUUUCGAGAUAAGACGGAUUAUUCAAUCUAACAAGUUUUUUUUCAUUUUAACUUUAUAUAUUUAAAAAAAAAUGAGUUGCAAUGGGAAGGUCGUGAUGGACGGCAAUGGGGUUAUUAAAAAUCACAAGUGUAGAGACAGCGAUGGUCUCAAGAACGGUUUUGAUGAAAAUUCUUUAAUAGAUAAGUACACAUUUGAAACUCUCACAGAAACAUCGGACUAUUUAAAAAAAUUGGUAUCCAUCGAACCAAAAGUUGGAAUCAUUUGCGGAUCUGGACUAGGAACCUUAGCCGAUGCCUUAGACGACAAGAUUGCAAUUCCUUACGAAGACAUUCCGAACUUCCCGAAGAGCACGGUCAAAGGCCACGCGGGCGCUCUAGUAUUCGGCUACCUAUCAGGCGUACCGGUAGUAUGCAUGAAAGGAAGAUUCCACUACUACGAAGGUUAUCCACUAUGGAAAUGCGCCAUGCCCGUCAGAGUCAUGAAACUCCUGGGAGUCACUCAUCUAAUCACCACCAACGCCGCCGGUGGCCUUAAUUCGAACUACAGAGUGGGCGACAUCAUGCUGGUGAAGGAUCAUAUCAAUUUGAUAGGUUUGUCGGGGAAUAAUCCAUUGCAAGGACCUAACGACGAAAGGUUCGGACCCAGGUUUCCUCCAAUGGCCAAAGCUUACGAUAAGAAGCUUUUGGAACAAGCUAAGGAGUUCGCCAAAGAAUUGGGGUUGGCAAAAAAUAUACAUGAAGGAGUUUAUACGUGUGUAGGAGGACCUAAUUUUGAAACCGUGGCAGAAUUAAGAAUGCUUAAUAUACUGGGAGCCGACGCAGUUGGAAUGUCAACAGUACACGAAGUCAUCACUGCCAGACACUGUGAUUUAACCGUACUAGCCUUUAGCUUAAUUACCAAUGAAUGCAAAGCCGAUUAUAACAGCAUGGACUUGGCAAACCUCGAAGAAAUUUUGGACGUUGGGAAAAUGAGGCAGACCGUACUGCAGAAGUUCGUUCAGAAAAUCGUUAAAUACAUUUCUACCUCGGAGGAUUUACAACAGUGA